AUGGAGCAAAAGUUGACAGUUAGUACAUUGACUGGAAGCAAAGUCGAGCUUGACCGAGCCUUCAACUCUUGCCCUGUCCGAGUAAGCGACCAUGGGCUUGAGGCCAGUUUGAUCAUUCUAGAUAUGAGAGACUUUGAUGUAAUUCUGGGAAUGGAUUGGUUGUCCACCCACGGGGCUAGCCUGAUUUGUGCAGAGAGAAAGAUACUCUUUAGGACGGGAGGAGAUAAUGAAUUUGUGUUCAAGGGUAGCCAAAGUAAAAAGCCUAGUAAGACAAUCAUUUUGGCUUUCCAAGUUCAAAAGCUCUUAGCACAGGGUUGUCAAUGUUACUUAGCCUCUUUGUUGGAUAUUGAAGCCAAGGUCACACCUAUGGAAGAGAUAAGUAUAGUGAAAUAUUUUCCUGAUGUCUUUCCGAAAGACCUCACACGGUUACCACCGGAUCGGGAAACAGAAUUCAUGAUUGACCAGGUGCCCAGUGCCGCUCCAGUGUCUAAGGCACCAUAUAGAAUGGCCCCAUCAGAACUAAAAGAACUGAAAGAACAGCUUAAUGAUUUGCUAAAGAAGGGCUUUAUCAGGCCAAGUGUUUUCCCGUGGGGUUCACCAGUCUUGUUUAUAAAGAAGAAGGACGGUAGUAUGCGUAUGUGCAUUAACUACUGUGAACUCAACAAGCUUACGAUCAAGAAUUGGAUGUCUCUCCCAAAUAAUCUUUUGGCAUCUAUUCCUGUUCUUUCUGGGAAUAAUUACAAGAGGUGGGUAGAGGACCUAGAAAUUAAUCUGGGACUGCUCGACCUUGAUAUAGCUCUUCGAGAACCAAAACCUGCUGCUCUGACGGAUGCGAGUACGAAUGCUGAGAGAGUUAAGAUGGAAAAAUAG